CAUAAGAACUUUCUGUUUAAAGGAGAAAAGAAAAGGUUUUUCAAUAGGCACAAAAUCCCACCCCCUCAGCACCCCUCCUUCCCCUGUGUCUGACACUGACUUCCAGGGAGGAGUUGAGCCAAUUAUCUGUGAGUCCUACAGAAGGAAAAUCUGCAAUUUGCCAGUAGUUGUGACAGGGAGAGGGAGAAAGGCAGGGAGGGAAGAAGAAGAGAGACUUAAUUGGCAAAUGUAAAGAGAAGCCCUUUCUGUCCUCGAAAGGCAAUAUUUUAAGGCAAAUCUCAGACCAGAAGAAAAGAAGCUCGUAGUGGUGGGGGGUGUGUCAGGCAAGACCUGGAGAAGCAUAGGUGGUUCACCAUAGACAACUUCCAUGCCCCCACUGAUUUUUCCCCACAGGGUCUAAGGGGGUGUGGAGGCAGGGUGGGCCAGCCAGAUGCAUCCACAACCCUGCACGACUAGGUGUCGCUCCAGAGACCCUUCCCCACAGCAGAGCCUAUGAAGUACAACUUGCAAGAAAAGCCAGUGGGAGCGGGUGAGACUCUGCCUCUCCUUCCCUUGAACUGAGGCUGUGAGGAGAAGAGCUCAACUCACCAAAAGGAAAAGCUGUCGCUGCUUCUGAGACCCUUCUUUAGCCCACGUUGGUUGCCUAAUCCAGCACCUACCAUCCAUGGGGGAACGCUCUCUGAAGCCCCGCGAUCCUUCCCAAUACUGCUAAGUUCCUGGGAAAUAACUAGUGAAGAACUGAGCCCAGAGCAAGCAACGUGGGAUCCACAGAACAACAUCUUUUUGCAGUAGCAGCUACCUCUGAUUAAAAUUAUCAGCUUCAUCAGACUGUACCAAGAACUGCUCCUUCAGGGAAAGAGAGGAUCAAGCAAUGAUGAAGACCAUGUCUGGUGGAAACUGCACCCUGAAUGUGCCAGCCAAGAACUCGUACCGCAUGGUAGUGCUGGGAGCCUCCAGGGUGGGGAAAAGCUCCAUUGUCUCACGCUUUCUCAAUGGCCGGUUUGAGGACCAGUACACUCCCACCAUUGAGGAUUUUCAUCGCAAGGUCUACAACAUCCGAGGAGACAUGUAUCAGCUGGACAUCCUGGACACCUCUGGGAAUCACCCUUUCCCUGCUAUGAGGAGGCUUUCCAUCCUGACAGGGGAUGUUUUCAUCCUGGUAUUCAGCCUGGACAACAGAGAAUCCUUUGAUGAGGUCAAGAGGCUCCAGAAACAGAUCCUGGAAGUCAAAUCCUGCCUGAAGAACAAAACCAAGGAAUCAGCUGACCUCCCCAUGGUGAUCUGCGGCAACAAAAGUGACCACAGUGAAGUCUUCCGCAAGGUACGCUCAGAUGAAGGUGAGAACCUUGUCUCCAGUGACGAAAACUGUGCUUACUUCGAAGUUUCAGCCAAGAAGAACACCAAUGUGGAUGAGAUGUUUUAUGUGCUCUUUAGCAUGGCCAAGCUACCUCAUGAGAUGAGCCCUUCCCUCCACAGGAAAAUCUCCAUCCAGUAUGGUGACACUUUCCAACAGAAAUCCUUCCGGAUGCGCCGAGUCAAGGACAUGGAUGCCUAUGGCAUGAUCUCUCCAUUUGCUCGCCGGCCAAGCGUCAAUAGUGACCUGAAGUAUAUCAAAUCAAAAGUUCUCAGGGAAGGUCAGUCCAGAGAGAGGGAGAAAUGCACAAUCCAGUGAAGAGGGCUUGCACUUCUGUCUGAAGUCAUCAUCCACAUGCAGUGCCUUAAAGAAAAGUGGUCUGUGAAAGCACAGAAUGGGCUCAUGGGGUUCAUCGAGAAAACCCAACAUGGAGGAAGGAUAACUCUUCCUGCAGAUUCUGCCGAGUCACGAAUUUAAAUAACCGUCCUUCUAAACAACUAGGAAAAAUCAUAUGCCUGAGAUCUGAGCGCAUUUCUCUGUAAUGCAGUUGCUCUUCAUUACCCUUUUUGUUUAAAGAAUACAGACCUGAGAAGUAAAGACAUUUCAACCUCAUCCUUGCAAAGAAAGUAGGUCAAAAAUGUACAGAAGACAUUAACAGUUACCCAGCAUGCAGCUCUGGCUAAGAGACAGGAGGUUUUGUGUGUGUGUAUGUGUAUCUCUAUGUGUAUACAGAGACUGUAUACAGAAUGUGUGUAUGUGUGCAUGCGAGCGUGGAGCUCUCCUUUGGAAAAACGGGACUUGCAUUUCAAAGGGCAGCAAUACUAACUGAGGUUUCCCAGAUUGGGAGUGGACUCUGUAUAUGGAUGCAUGACUCUAAACUUGCUUCUGAGGCGACCUGCAUUAAGAUCUUCUUUUUAUGUUUGCUGGGACAGUUAUCAUUUGACAUUGACAUGAAUGUUGUUUUGUGUUAUAGACUUUAUUUGGGAUUUGGUAUUUUUUAUUAUCUGGGGGUGGAUUCUUAGCAAAAUCAGAUGGCAAGUGUGUUUGAUAUCAAGAGUGUCUACUUUCUAGCAGUGAAAGGUGUUUUUCAUCUGUAAAACCCUGUAAUAUGUACAUUGAUUGAAAGUGGAAUUGUUCUGCAAAAAGCCAAUACAUUUGACAGCUUUGCAAGCCUAGUGUGAUAUUGUUUCUCAAAGCAGCCAUACUGACUCUGAAUACUGCAGUACAAAUGCACCCUUUGCCUUGCUGGCCACCAGAGCAAUGUUUCCUUCCUCUGCCUGUAUCAGCUGAGACUGACCAGAUUCAUAUGUAGGCUUAGACCACUUCAGAGACAGGAUUGGGUUUUCCUUCAGAUUUAAGAGCUGAAUGGUUGUAGGACCAGCUCCAUCAUAUUUAUUCUAGUAACAUGCCUCUAGUCAUUUUGUUCAUGAUUUUCCCUGUUGUCUGAUAAAGGUUGUCUUGAUGGAAACCUUUCCACUGCAGAAGUCCUUCAGAACAUAAGUAUUGUCCUGGCUGUCCAAACAGAGAUGAACUGGCUAGCCAGAUAAAUCUGGAGCCAUGUAUUCACUUCUUCCCUUUGCCAGCCCAGUCCAGGCUUCCUUGCCUCCAGCUCUCUCCCUGUUCUGCUUCUGGCUUUGUUGUUCGAUGUGCUCCUGUACGCCCUCGAAGUGCAAUAUAUUCUCCCAGAUGUGAGCUUGCCAGUCUCACUGACUGGAAUGAGAUGUGUGCACACAACUGUGGGCAAAGCAUGGCCCCAAGGCUGCACACAACAGUAGAGUAUAUAUGUUAUACAUACCUCAGAACGGCCUUCAGAUAUCUUGUCCCUCCCUCACCCUCAAAUUCUGUUCUUGGCUGUAUCUGCCUUGCUGUGUUCUGGGCAGAGCUGUGAGCUAGUUCAGACUACACUUUGUCAGGAAACCAAGAAUGAUGGUUGUCUGUAAAAAAUAGCCUCUGGGAUUCAAAAUCCUAUAUUCAUUUAUCAGCUCCACCCUUCAUUGGUACUGUAUAUUGACUGGCAAAACACACUGUUCUAUUAUUCCUGUUGCCAGGGCAGCACCUUUCAGACCACA